AUGGAAGCAAGGCAGCUGAAAAGAGAUGUGGAGGCUCUUAUGUAAGUACAAAUUAAAAACCCAGGGAUAAAUGUGGAAGAUAACGUUUCAUGGUGCCUGUUUUCUGUCUUUGUCUUAUGUAAACAGAGGUGAUUAUAUCGGGCAAAAACUAAGAGAGAAGUCUUUUGACCCAAAGGGGAAGGGCGGCUCCACAAUGCUGGAUGAUCUGGUAAAAGCCUGGGAUAUUAAGGGUUUUUUUUAACUGAGUAAAACAAAAACAAAAAAAAAAGUAUUACUAAAUCAUGUAAAUUUUGAAUAGGAGACACAGACCUACACUGUACUUAUAGUUGACCUUCUGUCUGUAUUGCAGGCUCACUAUGACCUGGCUAUCAGUGUUGCUUUGUGGUGGUUGGACAAAGAACAGGGACGGGAUGUUCUCGACAGAGACAUCAUGUAAGCUCUUUGUGUUUUUCUGCAGCAGAACAGGGUUUCUGCUGAUCUGGACUUCUGUUUGUUUCUUAUAAAGAAUCAUUGGACUAUUUUUAACUAAAAUCCUUCCUGGUUGGUUCAUUAGUAAAGCUUCAGGCAGGUAGCCAAAUCUCUGCAGGGACUUACCCUCUGAUCAUUUUCUCUGGUUGCACAAGUCACUUAAUUAAAAAUUUUAAAAUUAAUAUUAUUGAGGUAAAACCCUUGCAUUAAUUGUCUCUAAUCUCUCUGUAACUUUUCCCCUUAUAUCUAAAAAUCUUGUUGUUUCUUUUUUGUGUUGUUUUGGAUUUAAUCUUCUAAUCUCUUGAAGGGAAAACAAAAGUAGAUUUGUAAGUACCUGUAAAAAAUCCAGGCUAAUCAGUCAGCAACGCAGUAAAAGAGGUUUUGUUUUGGUAAACCACAGUUUCAGCUCAUGUAUUGCUCCUCAUGAGAUCAAAUGAACAGCUGGGAAUGAACAACACUUAGGAAGAUUGAUGUCUUUGCUUGGUCUAAAAAUAUGGAGUAAAUCUUCUGUGAAGCUGUAUUUUCGUGUAUUUAAAGUACUGCUCUUUAGUGAAAAGUCCUACAAGGUGUUUAUUUUUACCUUACAAGCAGUAUAAUUAUCUUGCAAUGUAAUAUUAGCUCUCUAACUUAAGUAAACAGUAGACACUCACCACUGUUUUAUUCUUUACUGCCUAAGAACCCGAUCAAAGCUCAAGUUAUAGCCAUGAAAGUGAAAACCUGUCAACUAUUAGCGAAGAUAAACUGAUGUUGUAGCCCUUAAAUAAAGUAUUACAUCAGCACAAUUUCACAUCAUUAUAAAUGAAGAUGCUUUACACUUCCCUGUCAAUCACAGCGGAGCAACAAGUGGCUUAGGAAGUGCCCAGUACCCCAAUCGCCUGGAGAGAGAGGCAAUGAUCCUGUCAUCAUUCGCAGGGAUAGUCAUGGUAGGUGAAGUGUUUUACAACCAAUAUUUAAACCUUAUAUAAACCUUUAAUAAAUAGUACAUUAAUAAUUAAUGAAAAUGAUUAAUCAUAAUUUCAUCGCUUGUUAAUGGCAAAGUAACUAUUAACUUACAUUAAUAAACGAUCUAUUUGCCAUUUAUAAAUUAUGGUUAUUGUAAAGUGUUACCCCCAGAACUUCUUUGGCAAACAUAACAGAGGGAUGCACAUGAAUUUUGGUAACAGAAAAGUACAGUUAUCACAUGAUUUUAAUGUCUUCGAUUACUUACUGUUUUGAUUGUUGAACUGCUAUUUUGUUCUUCCAACUUUUCCCCUUCAGAGCAGCCUCCCGGUGGAGGAAAUCUUGGCUCUGUACAAAUGUAAACCAGCUGCAUCAUUCCCUGACCAGCACUCCAAGGUAAAGGAAGAUUUGACACUUGUGUUCACAAGAAACAAGCACAAAAUAUGUUUGUUGUUGGUGGUAUACAGCAAGUCUUACCCUCAGGGUUUUUCUUCCACUGCAGGGUGCACUCGUCUACCCCUUCACAUUAUCCUACCAUCCGUUUGCCAUGCUGGGCUCCUAUAAGGCUGUGGACCACUCCAAGAAGCACAGUAAGCAGAGAAAGCACUUCAUUUUUGUUACUUUUAUUCUGUGGUCCCCUGUCUUUUCUAUUUGUCCAAACAUGAAUGACCCAAAAUCAUACCUUUAGAAGAAACUGCAAGAUGUAUGAACAAGAACGCAUUUUGAAAGUAAAGCAUAAAGAAGGCAGAUGGAUGCCCUUCCUAAGAUUAUAUUAUGUGGUUGGGUGCAGGCAUUUUUUUUAAACUUCCCAAUCUGAGAGACUCCAGAAAGAAAUCUUAAGUAAAACUUUAUUUCUUGGUGACUACAUCCAAUCUAAGCUGUGCAAAUAUCUCUCUGUGAGGUAUUGCAGUGUUUUUUUUUAUAAUUGUAUCCUUGUAUCCUAUACCCUCCAAUUUAAAAGACAUAGUUUAAAUAGUUUUAAUCAAAAUCCAUCAAAGGUCUCAAGUUGAAGAAAUGGCUGUCUGAGAAGACGAAAGCCAACGCACCGCCUGCACGAGUGUCAGCACGGUCUUCAUCAACCUCCUCUUCAUCACGUUCUUUCCUCAGUGUGAGUAGAAAGACAAUCCUCAUCCUUUUCAAGAUCUUAGAGGAGAGAUCCUGAAGUUUCCACAACUUUAAACUAUAUCCUGGCUUAGACUGUACACUGUUGUUCUCCAUUGCCACCCUGUGGACAUAAAGAGACAUCAAAUCUGCAUAACUAACUCUACUCCUCUUUGUGUCACUCCCAGGACAGCAAUGGCUGCCAUGAGGGAAGAACAGAGCACUAUGAGGGUUCAUUAGAGUCUCUGCAGGACUGA